ACUGGUCUAAAUGGAAGCAGCGGAGGAAACUCUCACUUACCGAGAUGACACCUUACUUAACAGGAAGCUGCUCCCAGAGGACAAGCAUGGAUACAAGGCGGACAGUAAGGGCCACGCCACCGAGACGAAAAGCGACGAGUCCAACUAUGUGGACCUGGACAUGAAACCCAACAGCGCAACAACAGGGGAAGUGACUCUCACCGGCGAGGACAAACAGCUGCCUGUUAUUAAAUGCGACAGUUCAAAUCAUGGGGAGCAUGAAAAGGAGGGUCUAAUCAUUUCAGAGUAUUGUGUUGAAGAGCAGUUAGAGGACAGGCGGGCCACCUUCCCCGGGCCAGCUCUGAUCAAACUUCCCAACACCGAUCGGGACUCGGAAAAGGAGCAGCAGCGGCAGGCCGAGCUCGACAAUAGUGACCAUGUGUUCAGUGAGAGUGAUGAGCUCCAGUACACGGACAUGUAUCUGAACAGCAAAUCGGAGUCGGAUGAUGGUGCCAGCACGGUGUUGUCCGACCACUGCAGCUCCGACACCGUGGAGGACGAGUCUCACUAUAUCACGACGCACGAGAUCCAGCUGACCGAGCUCGACCACGACGUAGACUACGACCUAGGGAGAGGGACCUGUUGGGAUUUUGAAGACGACAACCUGGUUUUUUCCUUUGUGGAUUACGCGUCUUUUGAGAGCGACGAAACGCAGAAGGGGACUUUGAUACUGAAGGGAAGGGGCCCGGCGAAAGUGCUGUCUAAUCUGGUUGGAGAAGUUGUCAGCACCGAGCAGGAGGAUAGUGAUCUUUGCGACUCGGACAAAUGCGCCAGUUCAGAUGAAAGCCUGUGCAAAAAACACAUUGGAGACGCUAAUGCUGGGGGAAUUCAUGUGUCUAUAAAAACAUCUUCCAGGACGGUGAAUGAACCAGUCAGUAUCUCUGACAACAACACAUGUGGCUACACAAAACACUUUGGGGAAGGGAGCCACUUCUCUUUUGUGAGCUCUGGCGUCAGAGCGGGACCCUUUAGCGACGGAGCCCAAUAUUUCAUCCCCGCUCCGGGCCGUCAGCACCUUGCAUCCAAACUGAGACGGAAAGAUAUUAAUGAGUAUUCCAGUGGAGGGUCCAGCUCCAUCAGUGAGCUAGACGACGCUGACAAAGAGGUGCGUAAUUUAACCGCCAAGUCUUUCCGGAGCUUGGCUUGCCCAUACUUCGAUGCCAUUAAUUUGAGAACCUCCAGUGAGUCCUCCACGUCGGAAUAUGGGCUGAAUAACUGGUCGGCUUUUGUGGAUUUGAAAUGUGGAAACAUAUCGCGAGGAGGAGAGCAACGCGUAAUUGAGACUUCGAGCACAACCUUGGAAAUGAAUAACACUGUCGGCAGUAAGAGGCAUGGCAAGUCUAUUACCGGCAUGAAAGCUCCACAAAACAAAAUGUCCGCACUGAACAAGAGAUCAACCUCUCAACAAUCAUCCUCAUCAAGCAAAAAGGUCGAAGUUCACGAUCCCGAUCAGCCCAAGCAGCGUGGAGUCACGCUGAAUUACCGGUGUAAUGUCGAAACGCCUGAAGGCGCUAGACGUCCUAAAGGAUCCAAGAAAGCACGAUCCAAUGAGUUUACUGGGGCUGUGUUGGCCAGGUCAGGGAGUGAAAUGCAAUAUCUUAACUCAGAUAGCACUGGGGGUGCACACAAAAGAGCAGUUUUUGCAUCAAGUCUAUUAAAAAAUGUGAUUUCCAAAAAAAUGCAGUUUGAACAGGAGCGGAAAAUGGAGAGGGGUGAAAUUAGUGAUGCAAACCCAGCACUCUCCCCGAGUUUUCAAUUUAAAGAUCACGACGGGAUGAAAAACAGGGGUCAAGGAAGAGGCUUAGAAAGACAGGAAUCAGAAUCAGGCUCAGGUUUUACUGUUAACUCCGAUGAUCAAUGCCUGGAGGGGAGCAGACCCAGCUCCUGUGAGCCUGCGGAGAAGCAGAAAAGCAGCAACGCGCCAGAUGAUUUGCAAAAGGUGCAACACAAGCCUACAAACGCUGUAUUCGUCCGUAGUGAAAGCAGUGCAUUUAAUUCACUGAAAGAAGAUGAGCCAGAACCGGUCAAGGAGGCCGAACCCACAUUUUUAACAGACAAGCAGACCACAACAAAGGGAUUAGACACCAGCAGCAUGCGGACUAAACUGCUUUUCGUCCCAAGCUGCCAGCUCCUUUCAAAAGAGAAGGAUUUUACAGAAAACUUGCCAAUCCGUGCACAUGUUACAGGUGCACUUGCUGGCCCACAGACAUGUGAAAAAGAGUUAAAAACAGGCAAAAAUGGAAACAUAGGCAAAGAAGAAAAUGAGAAAGGGGGAAAAAACCCUGGGAUAAAAAUAUGCCUGAGGAGUGUGAAGGAACAUAUAGGCUGUACACUGAAUAUCGCCAACCUGUUAACGCCUAAAAUAAGUUUAAACACAUUCAAGGUAGCAGGUGAUGCCAAAUGCCAUGCGUUGUCUGCCUCAGAUAAAAUCCCAAACUUCACUGUUAGAGACAUAAGAGACACCAAAUGCAGGUUUCAAAUGCCCAUAUAUCAAGUCAGAGAUGUCCGUAAAUUGGUAAAAAGUUCAUACCGCUUUGUUUCAUUGGAUAAAAGUGAAAAAACUGCUGAAAAACUUGAGGUCACAAAGGCGCCGGUUAAGCAUGUAUUACCAUCUCCCAUUGUGAUUAAGUGUCACUCUGUAAAAACAAAUGUUAAACAACAGACAGCUGAGGCAGGCAUCUCAUCUAAAACAUUUCAAAGUGAAUAUAAACCGCCACAGUGCACAGCCAGUAGGGUGCCACUCGUUGCAUUAAAGCAGCUACACGCUGAUCGAUCGGAUAAUCAGCCAAAUAUUGAAACCAAACUGACAAAACAGAGGCAGGAAAAGUUUGCAUGUGAGAUGACUGAGAGGAGAAAUGAGCCAAAAAUACCAAAACAGGCUGCAUUAGAGAAGCUUAAAGCUGCAGUCAAAACAAUGGAACAGCUUUAUGUUUUCGAUAGAAACGAAUGGAAGCGUAAAAGUCAAGCUCCACAGCCAAUCACAGAUAGCCAUGUUUUAUCCCUUAUCGCCAGUGAGGAGCAGAGAGCGGAGGAGAUAACAAACACCAACAGGGUUCCUCAGUCACAGGAUACUAAAGGAGCUCUGAAUAUCAUACAUGUUCCAUAUAGUAAUGACACGUUUAAAACACAAUCACAGCAAAGUAAAACAUUUAGUAACAAACGCGUGCUUCAUUUUGGCAACAAGGCGCGUAUCGGCAUCAGCUCAGUUAGUGAUCCUCUUGCACAAAGCGCCACUCUGCAAACAUCAUCGACUAUGAAAAGCUCCAGGACACCGGUGGCUCCACUGUCAGUAAAAAUAGAGCCUCCGAAAGACAGCCAGGUGGAGCAGGGAAAGGUCAAAAUCAUUCCCACUAAUCCCACUGUCGCACAGGCUUGCUCGGACUCUGAGAACUAUUUAACAAUACCAGGGUAUACGAAUGAAAUCAAACUGCUGAAUCGAGAUCCCGUUUCCAGGGAAGUGAGUUCAAAUGUUAGCCAAAUCAAAACAGGUGACAGGAAGACACCUGAGCAGAAAAUAUCUCCGUUAAUUAUGGAGUACCCAGCUUCAAGCAUCUGCCAUCAAACACAACCGCACGUGUUGUGUUUCUCUCCAUCUUUCCCGAGCGUGUCACCUACACUUUCUAGUGGAGAGGCCGCGCCACAAACACAGUGCAAGAUGCUUUUGGACCCCACUACAGGACAUUAUUACCUGGUGGACACUCCUAUACAGGCCACCACAAAGAGACUAUUUGACCCUGAGACAGGCCAGUAUGUGGAUGUUCCUAUGUCCCGUUCUUCCGUAGCACCUGUCACCCCUUUGCCUCUCUCAUUGUCCCCCCUGACCCUGAGCGCAGGAGCGUACGCCCCCACCUACAUGAUCUACCCAGGCUUCAUCUCGCCCACUCUGCAAGCCCAGGCGGUAUUGUCUCAGUCGCCGUGUCACUCUGAGGAUGCAGGUGGAGAAAGGGCAAAAAAUGUCAGAAGUCCGAAGCCAGACAAAAAUGCAGCAGGCGCAGAGAGUGCGUAUUACAGUGCAACAGGUGAGACGACACAAGGGCCACUGCAGCUUCCUGUUAGUUUGGGACAUGUGACCGGCAGAGGAGGUGCAGCGAGCUCUGACAGGAAGCCAGUUAUCAGCCUCACAACGCAACAAGGUCCAAGAAUCAUCGCGCCACCUUCCUAUGACGGCACAACAAUGAGUUUUGUAGUGGAGCAUCGGUGACCAAGGAAACAGCUCAUCAUACAUAUAUCUACAGCGAAGAAUGUGCCUUUAUUCAUUGCAAGUGCAGUGUUCAACCCUUCCACCAGUGAUCCACACCCCAAGACAAACUUCCACCAACAACAAUUGUAUCACCACUCUGUUGUUUUGUUUAUCCUUGCAGCAGACCUUACUCUAAUAUUUAUGCAUUGCAGCACUUUGUAGGGUAAACGCAUUAAGCCACAUCCUCUGGCUGAUGCUCUGCCAUGUUGCUAUAUGAAUCUGCUUUGUGAUACUUUCCAUUCAGCUGCUGUCUAGUACUUUUGAAAUGCUGGUUUGGCCCUGCAACAUGUCUAUUCAAAAGGAAACAAGGCAAGUCUUCGAUUACAGUUCAGUGUUAUUGGCCAAGCCACAAUUUUCAUCAUUAAUCUAAUGUUCCCAUGUCUUUAAAGAAAGACUUUGCAACUUUCGAAAGGCAAAAAAAAUGCUAUAAAAAAAACAAAAGUUAACAAACUUUUCAAAUCACAAAUGUGCUAAAUUCAAUCUAUAAUCAGUCCGCAAACUUGAUAGAUGUAUCGUGUGUAACUGAUAUCACUGAGUCAGUUUGCGGACAAUAUGUCUCCAAUUGUACUGCUAAAACACUUUAGAAUGUCAAAGAUACAUGUGUCAAUGGGUUUAAACCACAAAGAAAAGAACAUUGAUGCCAGUUUAUCCUUAUGGCUCAAUGAGCUACUGCAACCAAAACAUCCCCUAAAUCCCUAAAAGUAUUUUCUGCAUAUUCUGCAUUAUUAAGAGGCAUCUGUAAAAAAUCUCACUUCCCAAUGAUUCUUUUCUCCAUAGAAAGAAUGAAAGCCUUGGAAAUGGAAUCAAGAGUGUGUCGUGUUUAAAGUCUCCAUUCCAGAUAUGACUGCACAGAGUUGUGGCCAAUAGGUUGACUGCACUUGCUGUGGAUGCAACCAUAGAACACACAUGUGGGAAACGAGCCCAGAAUAUGACAAAGGUGUCCUUUAAAAUUAAUUUUGAUGUCAGAGAUUCUUGAAGCAUCACUAAGAUAUCAGGAGGACUCUACCAUCUGUGGUCACAGAUGCAUAAACUGGGUGGGAGGCCAUGAGAACGACUUUUGGUAAGCCUCAAAAAGAUUUUGCCAAACUGUCAGAUGAGCCUGGGGGCGAAGUAGGGCUUAGUUCAGGCUGUUUUUGGAAUAAUAUUAGAACUGAUGACCCAGACUAACAAUAUUGUUGGACAGUUGAAGGAACCGUUUGAGGAACUUUAUCACCCGAUUUAACAUCCUCCAUAGAGGACAUGCAGCUGGAAGGCUUGGCAAAGGCUUUGUCCAUUUCACUAGCGAAGGUCACUGAGAUAGUCAAAAGAUCCACAAGGCACCAGGGGUGGAUGGUAUUUGCACUGAGACUGAAGGUUCUUGGUAUUGUCAGGCUUGAUUGACAUGCCUUCUGGCAUGUGGACUGGUGGACAAAAAUGGUGGUUCCCAUAUUUUAUUUAAAGGGAUGGAUGUGUUCCAACUAUUAAGGAACAUUCUCAAACUUAUACCAGGGCACUGAAAAGAUGGCUCAGACUUAUUGUCAAACCUUAGGUCCAGGAAGAACAAUGCAGAAUCCAUUCUCGUUGUGGAGCAUUGGACCUGCUAUUUACGCAAAAAUACUGGGGUGGUCAAUUUGGCCCAUCUUUGUUUUGUAGAUUUGGAGAAGGCUUAUGACCACUUCCAAAGAGACAUUGUAUCUUGUGUUGAUUACUGCAGGAGUAUGGGUUACCAAGACCAUUGUUACAAGCCAUUCAGUUUUUUAUGGUUGAAGUGAGAGCUGAUUGGAUCUCAGCAGGCAUAUUAGGUUUCUCCAGAUUUGUGCCUUGUCACCUCUUCCGUUUCAGAUAUUCAUGAAGAGAAGUUCUUGGCACAGCGAAGAUGUCAGGUGUCCUGCAUGUUGGUCUCAGGAUUGCAUCUCUGAGAUUGACGAGAGUGUGAACUGAGAUAAUUUGUGCGGGGACAAAGGUCAGUACUUCCAAGUCUGAGACCAUGGUACUCUGCUGGAAAAUGGCGGAUUAUUUCUUUUAAGUUUUGAGUGAAUCAUUUCCAAAAUUGAAGGACUUCAAGUACCUUUGAGUCCUGAGUGAGAGUAAUAUGGAGUCUUAUUGGCGGAUGGGUGCCAUGUCAGCAGUAAUGCGGGCGCUGUAUCGGACUAUUGUGGGGAAGAGAUGAUUUUCAAUUCAAUUCAGUUUAUUUGUAUAGCCCAAUUUCACAAAUUACUAAUUUGUCUCGGAGUGCUUUACAAUCUGUACACAUAGACAUCCCUGUCCCAAAACCUCACAUCGGAUCAGGAAAAACCCCCAAAUAACCCUUCAGGGGGAAAAAAGGGAAGAAACCUUCAGGAUGGACAGGUGCAAUAGAUGUAAUGUGUACAGAAGGACAGAUUUAGAGUUAAAAUACAUUCAAUGAAUGAUGUCCAAUUAACAGUUGAUCUAUGUUCCAACACUCACCUAUAGGCAUUAGCUUUGUGUAAUGACUGAAAUAAUAAGAUGACAGAUUCCAAGCCACCAAAAUGAGUUUCAUUGCACAGUGGUUGGGUGCAAACUUAAGAGGGUGACAAUCUCAUACAUCUGAAAGAACCUCAGAGUAAGAUUGCUGCCUUUUUGUGUUGAAAGGAGUGAGAUUAGUUGGUUCAGGAGCCUUAUUUGCGUACCUCCUGGAUGCCUUCUGUACCUGCGUAGUUAUUCCAGACAAAGGAUGAACUGGGGUUUACAUAUCCAAUCCGUCCUGGAAAUGAUUCUACAGAUAAAGAUGGAGGACGUGGCGAGUGUAAAGGACAUAUGGGCCUCAGGCUGCUGCCCCUCUGACCCAAACCUAGAACAGCCGUGAGAAAUGGAUGGUAGAUGGAUGGACGUCUGUAAAAAAAUAAUACAACAAUCUUACAUUUUGGGAAGUGAAAGGAAAUGUACCAUUAUCCUGUAACUGAUAGUUUGAUUGUUAUUCAAAAGUUAUAAAGUCUUACUUUAAUUCCCAAAAAUAAGAUAAUUACUUAGGGUGAAUACAACCUACACUAUUUUACACAGUUUUCUGAGUACAGGGACCAUUUGUCUGCAAUGAAUUAUAAAAAAGAAAUGCAGAUUACGGGGUAGUGUUGAAUCACCCCAAAUUCAGCCAGAGGAUUACAAUAAUUGUAUUUCAAAAUAAUGUUUUAAAAAUGUCCCAAGUAAAUGGUAACUAUAUAACAUUGCUAUGUAUCAUAUCACUACUCUCCAACACUAAUGUUCCACAUUCACAAUAACAUUUCCAUCUUUUUUAGGAUGUUCUACUUGAAGUAUGUGUAACAUCUGUGAUGAGACUCACAACAUGUUGCUAAUACCUGCACAACUGAUAUGGUGUAUAAAGUAGUGUAUGUUUAUAUUUUAAAAGCACGCUCCUUGUGUGUUGAAAAGAAUGAGAAAAAAGAGAAACACACUGAGUGUGUAUCCAGAUGAAGUGGAGCUGGGACGUUGGUUUAACUGUGUAUUUAAAUCAGUAUUUCCUAAGUGGUGUUGAACCUAAUGAAUUAGAGCUAGCUAAGAUCUGGGUUGGUUUAUUUUACACUUUUCUGUGUAAUGAGAUAGGAGUAAGUGUGUGUGCAUCUGAAUGUGUCUGUGUUCGUGGCAGUGAGUUAUGUAUGGCAUUUCAGUAUUCUGUGAGUAUACAACAAGGAGUCAUGUUACUUCACUGUAGACGACGGUGUACAGACAUGUGUUGGGUGUGUCGACACACUUUACACACAGCAAUGUCAGUUUCUCUUUUUUAACCCCUUGACCUCUUAGGGACAUAUCAACUGAUGACAUCCAUAUGACUGCUUUCUAUAUUGAGAAGUUCGGAUGUCAAAUUUGCAUCUGUUCUGUUUCCUUUUGAAUAAAUACAGUGGGGUAUCAUCGGUCAUUAUGCUAUACUUGACUCAGUUAUACCAGCAUCCCAUGUAAAACUAAUGCAAACUGUAGAUUGCUAUUUUUUUAGCAUGUGUCAAAUCCAAAUGCAUAUUAAAGGUAUUUGGAUCUGCUGGUCAGUCUAUGUACCUUAAUUCUGUAAAAUAAAUGUUAUACAACCGACUUUAUUUUAAUUGCUCUGAGUUAAUUUCAUUUCAAGUGAUAUAAAUUCAUGCAGUAAUUUGAAAGACUAACUUUGCAGUAGAUUGGACAUGGUUUGCCCUUUAUAGCAAGUUGAUGUUAGAACAUUUAAUGCAUUUGUAGGUGAAUUUUUACUUACAUUUUUACUUUCAAUUCAAAAUAUUUAUUAAUAUUAUACAUUUUAUUAUAAUUUCAAAAUAUAUGUGUCUCAUAAGGCAGUUGAGUGUAAUGCAAACAGUUAUUUAUUUAGAAAUUAUAAAUCAGAAGUUUUACCAAGUAUCCAAAGGAAAGUAAACGGGUACUAUGAACCAUUUUUAAUUGAGAGAUAUGAUGUUUUACCUCCUGCCCAAGUAUUUUAAAAGUAUGUGUUUGAUCAGCAAUAUAAAUAAAGACCUAAAUAUUAGAGAAAAUAAAAAAUAUAAUUUGUAAGGUCCAUUAAACCAGCAAUACUAAUGUUGUCAUAAACAAAACAAAAAACAUUAAAACAAAUUUAUUUUUAUUUCCCCACAUGCUUAAUAUGUGAAUAAUAAUGUACUUAAUGCACUUGGAUUGUCACUCUUUUGCCACGACACUGAGGGCAACGAAUGACUGUAAACAUCUGUAUAUUUUUUCUGAUGAAUUUUGCCAGAGAUGCCCUGUAACAUUGAAUGCUAUGUUUUAUUCAAACACAUGUCCCUCAACAAACUGCAGACUUUGAGGUUAAAUGUAAGAAACUGUCUAUAUUAGAGCUUACUUUUGUAUGAGGGAAAGAGGGAAAAAGGUAAAAAGAAGGUGAGAUGGUCUGAGAUAAGUUUAUUUAUGAAUGUUCAAAGAACAAGGGCACAUAUUUGAAUGAAAUGCCUUCACGGCUGUACUGUCAUAUGUAUAUUUCAUUCCUGAUGUAAACUGACAGCCCCAGAAAAAGACAGAGGUCAGGAUGACAUUGGAGGGAUGCCUUGAAAGGAGAAGUGAGUGCUGCGUUUGCACUUAUGAGUUUGAAAGUAAUAAAAUGAUAAAUGAAUGUAAUGUAGACUGACAAGCCUUCAUAUGUUUGCAAUAAAUACAAAAUCAAGCAACUGAA